GCUCAGGUGCGUAACAGCAGGCGCCCGUGGGAAUGGCAAUGGCCCAUGGCCGCCCUGGCCGUCCACGAAUGACAAAACUUGCAGAAAUAUACCACUGGGAGAGUAAUAAUAGCACGGGAUCCCCACAUCACCCCCAACCCACCUGGUUCCCCCCACGUCGCCGUGCUUCGUUUGCGCGACCACAGCCCGCGAGCCAGCGCGACGAAGCCGGGGGGCGAUCCCUCCACCGCCGCCGGCGACACCGCCCUCCCCGAAGCCGCCGGCGGUACCCGCCCACGCCGCCCUCCGCCGGCGCAGAAAUCUUUUUUGUUGUUGUGAGUUAUCCGAGGUUCGCUUCAAACAUGAGUUCUGCUAAUCGUCACCAACCCAUCAAGUUGACCAAGCCUGUCGUAGGCAAAGCACGAAAGUUGAAGGAUCUCAUGCUGAAAAGUGACAAUCGAGUGUGUGCUGAUUGUAGUGCACCUGACCCCAAAUGGGCGUCUUCUAAUAUCGGAGUAUUUCUUUGCUUAAAAUGUGGAGAUGUCCACAGGGCCCUUGGACCAGACAUUUCAAACGUUUUGUCCUUGACUUUGGAUGAUUGGUCUGAUAGUGAUAUUGACUCCAUGGUUGAGGUUGGUGGAAACUCAUAUGCAAAUUCAAUUUAUGAGGCUUUUCUUCCAAAAGAUCACCCAAAACCUAGACCAGACGCACCAAUGGAAUAUCGUACCAAAUUUAUAAGAGCCAAGUAUGAAACACAAGAUUUUCUGAAGCCAAGUUUGCGCAUUAGCUCAAAAGCAGGUUUUGAAUCUACCAAUUCUCUGAACAGUGUGGAUAAUAGUUUCUCUAGCACUUCAAGGAAGCAUGCCCCAGAAGAUACAAGAGAAUUUGUUGGACAACUGAACAUUAAAGUGGUAAAAGGUUCUGGGUUGGCCGUCAGAGAUAUGCUAACAAGUGAUCCUUAUGUUGUUUUAAGUCUUGGAGAGCAGAAGGCUCAAACAACAGUUAAAGCGAGUGACCUGAACCCGGUAUGGAAUGAGGUUCUUACUCUAUCAGUUCCUCGAAAUUAUGGACCUUUAAAACUUGAAGUGUAUGAUCACGACACUUUCUCUGCUGACGAUAUCAUGGGGGAAGCAGAGAUAGAUCUGAAGCCAAUGAUCACAGCUGCCAUGGCCUUCGGAGACCCGUCGCGUCACGCAGACAUGCAAAUUGGAAGGUGGUUCAUGACCAGAGACAAUUGCCUGUUGAGCGACAGCAUUGUCAAUAUUUCGUCGGGAAAGGUAAAACAGGAAGUGAACCUAAAGCUGCAGAACGUAGAAUCAGGUGAGAUGGAGUUAGAACUGGAAUGGUCUCGUCUAGAUUAAUAAGCCUCGCUGUAUCCUUUUGCCCUUUAUGCUGGAUGGCUUCAAAACAUAUCUAGUUAAUGAAGCUUAGCUUUUCCUCAUGGCCGAAAUGUGUAAAAAUGAAGGCUGUACAAUGUCUUGUAAUUUGCCAGAUGUACUCCAUGUGAUUCGGCAUGUUGUAUUGUCACAUUAAAAGGACACAUGUAUUGUGCAGAGAUGAGGCUAAAAACUCCCGUGUUUGCUAA